CCCCCAGCGGCAGCCAGCGGCAGGGCGAGCAGUUUUACUGCAAAACCAGCCCUUUCACUUUGCCUUAAACUGCAGUUCUUAAGUCUGAAUUCCUGCUUACUUUUUACCCUUCAGUUGAGACUGAUGCUGCGAUUUACCAGGGCUGUUCAGGGCCCCCGCACCUCACAGGUGUUCCUGGCCAUACCAGCCAUAAGAAAACUCUAGAAAUAAAAAUGAGGAAGGGUGAGGUAGAAGUGACACCAUUCUUUGAAACGUGUUCAGAGAUCCAGUCUAAAGGCUGCUGGAGGUUUCCCCCUUCAGGAAAGCAAACAUUUGAUUUCAUCCCUCACCAGGACUAUAGUGGGCCACCCUGCAGAUUGAAGAGGGAGUGAAAAAGCAGAAGGUGCUGGCACUUGAAAAUUUAAUCUCCACUGGGAUCAUCCAGAGAGAGGAAACCUCCAUGGAAAAGGAGAUCGCUGGCCACCGCCGAGGACAUUUCAACCUUGCUGACGCGAUGUACUUCUCCAAGAAGGGGUGCGAGGCAGUUGCGGAAGAUGAAGUCACCUGGCGGUUCUACUCGGAGGAGCUGGUAUCCUGGAAUCUACUCAGCAGAACCAACGCCAACUUGCACAAUGUCAGCUGGCAACUGACCAUUGUGUGGGUCUUUGGGAUCCUAAUUCGUGUCUGCUUAACUCUUUUCAGCAUCCUCUUGCUGGUCUUUGCCACUACAGUAGUAAGACAGUUUCCAAAUGGCAGGGUUAAAUGCUGGCUGAGCAACCAGGUUCAGAUGAUGUGUGCUGCAUUAGGUGUCCGAAGUCUGGGUGGUCUGGUGCAUUUCCACAACAGGGAAAACAGACCGCAGGGAGGAGGCAUCUGUGUAGCCAACCACACGUCUCCAUUAGAUGUUCUAAUCCUGGCCAGUGAUGGAUGCUAUUCCUUGGUUAGCCAGACACAUGGAGGGCUUCUGGGACUUGUUUUAAGAUCUUGCAUGCAAACCACUCAGCAUGUUUUGUUUGAACGCUCAGAACUGAAAGACCGUCAUCUGGUGAGGAAAAAAAUUAGAGAACACAUUGCAGAUAAGGCCAAAUUACCUGUUUUAAUUUUUCCAGAAGGUACCUGCAUAAAUAACACAUCAGUAAUGAUGUUUAAGAAGGGAAGCUUUGAGGUAGGAGGGACCAUCUAUCCAGUAGCCAUCAAGUAUGACCCCUGCUUUGGAGAUGCGUUCUGGAACAGCACAAAGCAUUCCUUUGUGACCUUUGUUUUUAAUGUGAUGACCAGCUGGGCUAUUGUCUGCAAUGUGUGGUACCUGCCACCGAUGGUCAAAGAGGAGGGAGAAGAUGCUGUUCACUUUGCCAACAGAGUCAAGGCUGUCAUUGCUGCUCGUGGAGGAAUGUCAGUGCUUCCUUGGGAUGGGGGGCUGAAAAGGAAAAAGGUCAAAGAGUCUUUCAAGGAAGAGCAACAGAAAAAAUAUUGCCAGAUAGUGACAGAAAAUGGAUCUAUGGGAAACGGAAGUGUUUGUUAAAUGGUAUUUAUUUUAUCUCAUUUUUCUGUGCUUAUCUCCACCAGAAAAUGGGCUAUUUUUUAUAUUAAAAUGACAUGUUUUCCUGCCGUCCCUGUAAGAUAUUUUCCAUGUGAUGACACAGCAGGGAAACCAUAAAGAGAUAGUAUUUUGUUUUAAAUAAGGGUGUCAUUUUAUAAAUAGAUUUACAAUAUACUAGGAAAAUUCUCUCCAAUGUUGAGUGAGAAGAAUCUGCAAUAAAAUUACUUAGGUUCAUUAAACCACAGUUUAAAAAAAAUCUUUAAGUUUCCUUGAAGACUUAAAUGUUAACUUCUUAAUAAAACAGCUCCAUACUUUUGGCCUCUAUCAAUGGCUUAGAGUAGCAGUUUUCCUGUGAGCCACAGGUGCUGUGCUGCUGUAGAGACAGACCUCCUGAUGCCAGAAAACAUUGAGCCAUUCACAAAAA